AUGGAGAAACAAAAAGAAAUUCUUAAAUUAUAUCAUGACAAUCUUGAUUAAUAAAUAGAGGAAGUGUUUAAGGCCGAUCUAAACAUUCCCAUCGAUAAAUUCCAAACCCAAAAGUAAUUUACAGUGAUAAGAAAUCUAAAAGUUCUACAUUUGGCAUGUCUCCACAACAAUACAAAACUUGUUGAACUCACUUUGACAUAUUGUAGAAAUUCCAAUUUAAUAAAUCAAACCCAGAUGUUUGAAUUCAUUAAUUUAUAGAAUAAGGAUGGAUUCACUCCUUUGCAUAUGGCCUCCUUUAAAGGAAAUCUAGAAAUUAUAAAGUUAUUACUAUAAUUAGGAGCUAAUUCAAAUAUUAAGAAUACUACUGGAUUGUCUGUUCUGCAUAUGUCAGUUUAAGGAGAUCAUGUUAAGACUAGUGUAAUAAAUAUUGAUUUUUAGUUAUUCUGGAUUAAUCAAAACAUCCCAAUUGACAUUUUAGAUCAUAAUCACUAAACCCCUUUAAUUUGUGCUUCCUUUCUAGGUUCUUAACAAAUGGUCAACUUUCUAAUUCCUUGGGGUGCUAAAUUGAAUGCCUAGACACAAGACAAAGGACAUACGGCAUUACAUGUGGCCACUUAAUAAGGUCAUUCUCGCAUCGUGAGAAAAUUACUUAUCAAAGGAAUAGAUAGAAAAAUCAAAGAUAAGACUGGAAGAACUGCACUUGAUUUAGCCGUUGAAUCUAGAUUUGAAUCUAUUUAAACCAUGAUUGAAAAUAACAUGGGAUUACCUGAGAGAUGUGGCUUAAGACAACCUGAUUCAAAAGUUGAAAAAAACUACAUAUCAAUGAUCAUUUACCUAUCUCUAUAUUGUAGUUCCUUUUUGAUGACCAUUUCAUUCACUUUGCCAAAAUUAGAAUCCUUAUAAGCUUGGUACAUCACUUCAUUUAGUAUAACUCUUCUUUUGACUUGGGUUCUUGUUAAAAGAAAUCCAGGAUUUGUACCACGCUCAAAUAAAACCUUAAUGGAUCUAUUAGAUGCUUACUCAGUUGAUUAAAUCUGCCCAGAUUGCUCAGACGUGAAACCACCUAGAUCAAGACAUUGUGAAAUUUGUUAAAAGUGCGUUUAUAAAUAUGAUCAUCAUUGUCCUUGGCUUUCGAAUUGUGUUGGUGAAAAAAACCAGUAUAUAUUCAUAUCAUUCCUAUUUACUUUGACUCUCAGUAUUUCUUUGUAGAUAGCAGUUUAAUGUUCAACAUUAAAUUUGGAAGAUGAUCAAACUGAUGUUGAUUCAGACCAUUUAUUGUAAUGGAUAACAUUUUACUAUACAAUGAUUUUUAGUUGCAUAUUCAUUUUACCUGUGAUGUUAUUAUUUACAGUCCAAAUAUACAAUUUAAUUAAAGGGCAAACUACUUAUGAAAGAUAUAUAGAAAAACAGGGAAUAAAUAGAAUUUAGUCUAGAAAAGCUAGUGCAGAAUAAUAACUAAAACUAAUAAAGAGUGCUGCUAGCACAGAAACGAAUGAGAGCGAAUUCAAAUUUACAUUAAAAACUCAAAAGAAACCCUUGCUCAAGGAAACUGAAUUAAUUGUAUGA